AUGACUGUAGGCAAGGACGUGUCCAUGCUGUUCACAGAUGUUGUGAACUGCAUGCAGACUGAAAACCUGGAGCUGAAGAAGCUUGUCUAUUUGUACCUCAUUAACUAUGCCAAGAGCCAGCCGGAUCUUGCCAUCCUCGCCGUCAACACAUUUGUGAAGGACUCGCAAGAUCCGAAUCCGCUCAUUCGGGCCUUGGCGGUGCGAACAAUGGGCUGCAUUAGGGUUGAUCGUAUCACGGAGUACCUGUGUGACCCACUGCAGCGAUGCCUGAAGGACGACGACCCGUACGUUCGGAAGACCGCAGCAAUCUGUGUGGCCAAGCUCCACGAUAUCAACGCAGAGCUUGUCGAGGAUCGUGGUUUUCUAGACAUACUGCGGGAUAUGAUCUCUGACAGCAAUCCCAUGGUAGUGGCCAACGCAGUUGCCGCUCUGUCCGAAAUUCAAGAAGGCAGCAGCAAGCCUGUCUUCGACAUCACGCCUAAUACAGUCUUUAAACUGCUUGCUGCGCUGAACGAGUGUACCGAGUGGGGACAGGUUUUCAUCUUGGAUUCACUUUCCAAAUACAAAUCACGUGAUGCUCGUGAAGCCGAGGGGAUUGUCGAACGCGUCACUCCUCGCUUGCAGCAUGCGAACUCAGCCGUUGUCCUUUCUGCUGUUAAAGUCAUUCUGCUGCAAAUGGAGCUUAUCACAAGCACUGACUUGAUACGGAACCUUUGCAAGAAGAUGGCACCUCCGAUGGUCACUCUACUUUCGUCAGAGCCUGAGAUUCAGUAUGUGGCUCUGCGAAACAUCAACCUCGUCGUGCAAAAGCGGCCAUCGAUUCUUGCACAUGAAAUCAAGGUUUUCUUUUGCAAGUAUAAUGACCCCAUUUACGUGAAGAUGGAGAAGCUUGAGAUCAUGAUUCGCCUUGCAUCCGAAAGAAACAUUGAUCAGGUGCUGCUCGAGUUCAAGGAGUAUGCAACUGAGGUGGAUGUGGACUUCGUUAGGAAAGCUGUUCGUGCUAUUGGCCGGUGUGCCAUCAAGCUUGAGAAGGCUGCAGAGCGAUGCAUCAAUGUCCUCUUGGACCUCAUCAAGAUCAAGGUCAAUUACGUCGUCCAAGAGGCCAUUGUUGUGAUCAAGGACAUUUUCCGCAGAUAUCCGAACACGUAUGAAUCCAUUAUCGCAACACUCUGUGAAAGCUUAGACAACCUGGAUGAACCGGAGGCGAAGGCGUCGAUGAUAUGGAUCAUUGGAGAGUACGCUGAGCGCAUUGACAAUGCCGAUGAACUCUUGGAAGGUUUUUUGGAAACCUUUUUGGAGGAGCCCUCACAGACGGUUCUCAACAACGCAACCCAAGAGACGGACAACCCUGACCUUCGAGACCGUGCCUAUGUGUACUGGAGGCUUCUCUCAACAGACCCUGAAGCAGCAAAAGACAUUGUCCUUGCAGAGAAGCCAACUAUCAGUGACGAGGUUUCCGGGCUAGACCCGGAUUUGCUGGCUGAACUCCUUCGAAACAUUGCAACCUUGUCUUCUGUCUAUCAGAAGCCGCCUUCAGCCUUCGUCUCUCGUCUCCGCUCUGCUGUGCCAGCAUCAGCAGCUGAGCCGUCUGAAGAAUAUGAGGAGUCGUCUGCUCCUGUUUCAGGAGGAGCUCCUCCCCCAGCUGCACCUCCAGCUGCUCCUGCUCCAUCCCCUGCUCCUGCUGCUCCUGCUCCUGCAGCUGCUCCUGCCCCACCUGACCUUCUUGGUGACCUUAUGGGUCUGGAUGCUGCCAUAGUUCCUGUGCCUGAGGCGCCUUCUGGACCUUCCCUUCCAGUUCUUCUAGCAGCGUCAGCUGGGCAAGGGCUGCAGAUCAAUGGUCAACUGGAGCGCAAGGAUGGUCAGGUGGUUUACCGUGUCAAGUUUGACAACAACUCCAGCACAGCUCUGGAUGGCUUUAUGAUGCAGCUUAAUAAAAACUCCUUUGGCAUAUCUGCUCCAGCUGGCGUAUUACCUGUUCCACCUCUGCAACCAGGUGCAUCAGCAACAGCUGACCUGCCAUUGACCCUCUUUCAAAACGUGUCUCCUCCUCCUCCAUCAUCGGUCCUCCAAGUUGCGGUGAAGAACAAUCAGCAGCCAGUUUGGUAUUUUACCGACAAAAUCAGGGUGCAGGCAUUCUUUACUGAAGAAGGGCGCAUGGAACGUGGAGUGUUCCUUGAGACAUGGAAGGCGCUUCCGGAUUCCAACGAGGUCUCCCGUGAUUUGGGCGUAUCAAUCGCGAACAUUGACUCUGUCUCAGAAAAGCUGGCCUCGAACAACGUCUUCUUUGUGGCAAAGCGACACCUCAAAGACACCAACCAACACAUCCUUUACCUUUCGGCAAAGCUGGCCCCGUCCAUCCCUAUUCUUCUGGAGAUUACCAUCGACGUCUGCUCAUUGGCCAACAACCACGUGCUGGACUUCCAGGCUCAGGGCAUGCACGAAACCAUGGAGAGCCUGACACGUGUCGACAUCCGAUUCGCUGGCUGCGGGCGGAAUCUGGCAGAGGCAUCUGCACCGGCGUUCAUCACACUCCCUGGUGGCAACAGCUCGUUGCCGCCCAUCCAGCUCGCACUGUUCAGUGCUGCCGACCACUUCAAGUACUGGGCGGCUACUGAAGAUUCGCCUGGGAUCCACCUGAUAGACCCUGAGAGAGUGACUGAUGCCGACCUGCACCGCAUUGCCUGCCUCGUGGCGGCCGCAAAAGAGCCCUCCCAAACGACAACUGCUGGAGAGCCGGUACCCUCAGCAGCAGCAGAAGCAACAGCAGCAGCAGCAGAGGCAGCGGGCAGCCUUCCUACAAGAACCCUGGCAGUGGUGUGCAUGCACUGGGGCCCCAACUACGCCUGGCACCCCAGCCCUGCCAUUCGCCGCCUAGCCCACGCCCUCAUCGACCGCUGCGGCGCCAACCUCGUUAUAGGCACGUCCGCGCACCACAUACAAGGCGUGGAAUUCCACCACGGCGCGCCCAUCCUGUACAGCUGCGGCGAUUUCAUCGACGACUAUGCAGUCGACGAGGAGUAUCGCAACGACCUCUCGUUUCUCUUCCACCUCCACCUCGACCCCGUGUCGUGCUGCUUCACGAGCAUCAGCCUCUUCCCCAAUGCCAUUCGGCGGCUGCAGGCGAGUGUGCAUGUGAGUUUGGAGGAGCGGCGGUGGCUGUACUCGCACAUGCGGCAGCUGUGUGCUGCCAUGGGGACCACUGUGACGCCCGUGGAUCGAUCACUCCGGCAGCUUGAGAUUGUGCUGUCAAGAGAAGAGUAG